AUGCCGGGGUUGAGCUCCAAGAUAGCUGUUCAUCAUUUAGCCGUUAGAAAGGAUGCACGACCAGUCAAGCAGGCCCAGCGCCGAUUCCGACCAGAAUUAGUUCCUCUAAUUGAAGCUGAAGUGAACAAACUCAUCAAUGUGGGUUUUAUUAGAGAAGUCAAAUACCCAACAUGGAUUUCAAGCAUUGUUCCAGUAAGAAAGAAAAAUGGACAAAUUCGUGUAUGUGUUGACUUCAGGGACUUGAAUGAAGCAUGCCCCAAGGAUGACUUUCCAUUGCCAAUUGCCGAAUUGAUGAUCGAUGCCACAACUGGGCAUGAAGCAUUAACCUUCAUGGAUGGAUCUUCCGGUUACAAUCAAAUUCGCAUGUCACCAAAUGAGGAAGAGUUAACAGCAUUUCGAACCCCGAAAGGAAUCUAUUGCUACAAAGUGAUGCCAUUUGGGUUGAAGAACGCUGGUGCCACUUACCAAAGAGCCAUGCAGAAGAUAUUUGAUGAUAUACUUCAUAAAAAUGUUGAGUGUUACGUGGAUGAUUUGGUGGUUAAGUCCAAAAAACGAAACAAUCACCUACAAGAUCUACGAAUGGUUUUUGAGCGAUUGAGAAAACAUCAGUUGAAGAUGAAUCCACUAAAAUGCGCAUUUGGUGUCAAGUCUGGCAAAUUUCUUGGGUUCAUCGUUCGCCAUCAAGGGAUAGAAAUUGAACAAGCAAAGAUUGAUGCCAUACUAAAAAUGCCCGAACCUCGAAAUAUCCAUGACCUGAAAAGUUUGCAAGGGAAGUUAGCAUACUUACGAAGGUUUAUUUCAAAUUUAGCUGGAAGGUGUCAACCAUUUAGCCGAAUUAUGAAGAAGGGUAUACCAUUCGAGUGGGAUGAGUCAUGUAGAAAUGCUUUCAAGAAUAUCAAAUCUUACUUGAUGCAGCCUCCUGUAUUAGCAGCACCUGUGCCAGGACGCCCCUUGAUUUUGUAUAUUGCUGCUCAAGAACGAUCCAUGGGAGCUCUCCUUGCGCAAGAAAAUGAAGGUGGAAAAGAGAAUGCAUUAUACUACUUGAGCAGAACAAUGACACCAAAUGAGUUGAAAUAUGCUCCAAUUGAGAAGCUGUGUUUGGCAUUGAUUUUCUCCAUCCAAAAGCUUAAGCAUUAUUUCCAAGCUCACACUGUCCGCCUUAUAUCCAAGGCAAACCCUUUAAAGUUUGUGAUGUCAAGACCUGUUCUAUCUGACAGACUUGCACGUUGGUACCUCCAACUGCAACAAUUUGAGAUUGUGUAUGUUCCUCAAAAGGCUGUGAAGGGACAAGUGUUGGCAGACUUCUUAGCAGACCACCCAAUUCCGGCUGAAUGGGAGCUAAGUGAUGACCUCCCGGAUGAAGAUGCACUUGUAAUCGAUGUCGCCCUACCAUGGUGGAUGUUUUUCGAUGGAGCAUCUCAUAAAGAAGGUGCUGGUGCCGGGAUCGUGUUCGUGACACCAGAACGUCAAGUGCUGCCAUUUUCAUUCACUCUAACUGAGAAUUGCUCUAACAAUGUAGCAGAAUAUCAAGCUCUGAUCCUCGGUUUGGAAAUGGCGUUGAAUAUGCAGCAAUCUCACCUCAAAGUAUAUGGUGAUUCUAAAUUGGUGGUUAAUCAAAUACUUGGACUGUAUGAAGUGAAGAAACCUGAAUUAUUGCCAUACGUCAAGUAUGCUCGCAAGAUCAUUGAGUGGCUUGGAGAUGUGGAAAUCGAACAUGUUCCAAGAAGUGAAAAUAAGCAAGCAGAUGCCUUGGCUAAACUCGCAUCUACCAUAGCUAUGAUCAGUGGCGAAAUUCAAAUUCCAGUGUGUGAAAGAUGGGUUAUACCACCUAUUUUUGAAGAAGAGAAAUGCGAAGAAAUUGAAAGUCAUCUUGUUGAGGUCUUCGAAAUUGAGGAAGAAGAUUGGCGCCAAUUGUUGGUUGAUUAUUUGAAGUAUGAUAAAUUACCAAAUGAUCCACGUCGAAGGGUUGACGUCCGACGGCGCGCCACUCGCUUCAUUUUCUUCAAAGGGACGCUUUAUAGGAGGUCUUUUGAUGGAGUAUUUCUCAGGUGCCUAAGUAGUGAGGAAGCUGCUAAAGCCAUGGAAGAGGCGCAUUCCGGCAUUUGCGGUGCUCAUCAGUCAGGUCCAAAGCUGCACUUUCGAAUCAAGAGGAUGGGCUACUACUGGCCAACUAUGGUGAAAGAUUGUUUGGAUUAUGCGCAAAGAUGUCAAGCCUGCCAAUUUCAUGCGAACCUGAUUCAUCAGCCACCCGAGCCAUUACACCCCACAGUUGCAUCCUGGCCUUUUGAUGCAUGGGGCAUGGAUGUUGUUGGUCCAUUGACAAAAUCAUCAGGGGGACAUUUAUACAUUUUGGCAGCGACCGAUUACUUCUCCAAGUGGGCUGAGGCGAUACCAUUAAGAGAAGUGAAGAAAGAGACCGUUGCUGAGUUUAUCAAGACCAACAUCAUCUAUCGCUAUGGAGUUCCUCGCUACAUCAUAACUGAUAAUGGAACACCUUUCAGCAACACGGUGAUAAACAAGCUUUGUGAAAAAUUCGGCUUCAAGCAACGGAAGUCAUCGAUGUAUAAUGCACCGGCAAAUGGGUUGGCUGAGGCAUUCAACAAGACUUUGUGCAAUCUGUUGAAGAAAAUUGUUUCAAAAUCAAAGCGUGACUGGCAUGAACGCAUUGGGGAAGCAUUGUGGGCGUAUCGAACCACCUAUAGAACUCCCACGCAGGCAACGCCUUACUCUUUGGUAUAUGGGGUUGAAGCCGUCAUCCCUCUCGAGCAACAAAUUCCCUCUUUGAGAAUGGCCAUCCAGGAAGGGCUAACUGAAGAAGAAAAUGCACGUUUGCGUCUGGAGGAACUCGAAGCUCUAGAUGAGAAAAGGCUGGAAGCUCAGCAAAAGUUAGAAUGCUACCAAGCUCGCCUCUCAAAGUCUUUCAACAAGACGGUGCGAGUGCGUUCUUUUCAAGUUGGAGAUUUGGUCCUCGCUGUGAGGAGGCCAAUCGUUGUCACUCAUCGUGUUGGAAACAAAUUCGUAUCAAGGUGGGAUGGCCCAUAUGUUGUCAAGGAAGUCUACACAAACGGAGCAUACAUGCUUCUUUCUGAUGACAACGUCAGAGUUGGGCCUAUCAAUGGCAAGUUCCUGAAACGUUACUAUCCUUGA